AGUGUUUCUUGAAGUAUGUCCAUUACAUCGCCAUGAUUGUUAUUUUAUUGCAAUUAUCCGUUGAUUCCUACAAACCAAAGACAAAAGAGCUUCAGGGAAAUGGUACCACGUUUCGCAAACGCACGGCAAACCAAUAUCGAUAAGCGAAGAGCAUCUAAGAAAGCAUUACAAAUCGCCAGCAUGGCAGCCAUCACGAAUGUUGGAAUUUAUUGGAUGAUAUUCAUUGGUUUGAUGUUAGGACCAAUGGGCUUCGCUGAUAUAUUUUCGACGGAUAAGAAAUCUUCAAAAUACACAAUGAGGCUAGCGAUCGAUGGUGAUUACAUUGGCUGCUAUCAACAAAAGUGCAUGGAAUCACCUUACCAUCUAUUCGUUUCAACAUUAAACACACCGGACUCUUGUACAGCAAAGUGUAAAGAAGAUGGAUUCUUAGUUGCAACUCUGUACAACCUUACUAAAUGUGGUUGCACCUGUCUCCAUGGUCUAUCGGUGGAGGCAUGUCUUGUUAAGAAACUAGAAGAUAAUUUCUGUGGUUUACCAUGCCAACAUAACUCUAAGAAAAUGUGUGGUGGUUAUACUGCAAUGGCAGUGUAUCGAGUUGCCUUGAAAAACGCCUCUAAAACCAACUGCAGUGUCGAUUUUCAGCAGAAUCGUGACAUUGGCGAUAUUGAUUCUAAUGGAUCUACAGAAGCUUUUGGCUUCGUGCCAAUUCUUAUCAUUGCUGGAGUCGGGGCAACCGUCGUCAUAUCCCUUGUUGUGACCUUUGCAUGCGUAAGAAAGGUGGAUCGCCGAGUUAUCUACUCACCCCGUGAUCACUCAAGCAGAUGGCGUGCCCAUGCGACGACUCAGGAACUCGAAGAGCGCCCUCUCGCUAACCAACAGAAUCCAAGUAAUAUACUCGAACUUCCACCACGCAGCCUUAGCAGUAUGCAGCAGGCCUCUGGUGCUGAUUCAGAACCAAAUACAGAAACUCUGAAUAAUGAUACCACUGGUGUAGAGAUGCCCGUGGUGGAGUCAAAUUUCUACCAUGUCCUCGCCAAUGAAGAUAACAUCGAGAUGGACAACGGAGGACUGUCGCCGACAUCUGAAAAUGCGUAUGCAUACGCUGAUUGUCAAUCUUACAUGGACAGCUUUGUGCGAUCAGCAGCUUUUAUUCAAAGGCAUGGUGAUAUGAAGCCGUAUCCUGAAGAUACAGAAGAAAUAGAACACGGAAUGAUCAACAAUGAACUUUAUGCCAUCUCCCACAAGUGAUAUUAAAGAAAAAAAGUGACUUACAUGCAUGUCAAUCGCUUGCUGGUGACUCAGUGUCACAUAAAUCAUUUUUUAGUAGCAGACGGGAUAUACAAAAUAAAAAGACACAUAAGUGAUAUUAACUGCAAAGACACAUAAUUCUCAAGGUAUACGUAUAUUCCUACAUGACAGUAUUUUUUAGACACAUUUUAAAUUCAAGGCUAUAUAAACCAAUGCAGAAUAAAAGGCAUUACAUUAAUUGGCUUUAUUUAGGGCAUGCCAAUGAAAAGUUUGGGAACCUGUCGAGUACAAAUUGUACUUUUUGAUAAAAUCUCAGUGUGUAUGUGCAUAUGUACAUGCUCAUUAACAAUUAUAAAAAUGAAGUGUUACUUAUUUCAAUUAAUACAAUAAUAAUACAGGUUUCGCAAUAACAUGUCGCAUAUCUAUCUAAAUACGUAAUGUGAAUUUUCUACAAUCUUGCCUUUAAAAAAUGUAAAAACACUUGGUAUGAGUAUUUUCACAUACAGUCUUAACGAUUAAAUAUCAUAAUAAUUAAACUUGAAAUUAUAUGAUGAAACCUCCC